AUCAUUUAUUUUGAUAUUUUUUGUAUAUUAUAGUUAUAAUAUCAAAAUCAAAAUAAACAAGGUUAUCAAAGUUGCAUAACAGUAUUGUUUCAUAUAUCUGAUCCGCGAUAGAAUUGUUGAUAGAAUUGUUGUACUAAUUAGUAUUUUCUUCCGGUACAAUAUGUAUAUAUAUAAAGGUAUGAACAUUUAUUGAAUCAGUGAUUAGAGACAUUUACUCAGUGAAAUCAGUAUUUAAAAAAAAAAAAUGCAUUUUUUUUCUAUUACUUUAUUAUUAUUUACUUUCAAUUUAUUUGCAUCAAUUAGAACUUGUGAUAAAGAAAACAAUGGAUUACAGACAGAUUUUCAAUAUAAUAAUGAAUUUUUUCAAGAUAUAAAAGAUUGGUUUUGUAAUUUAAAAAAUCAAAUUUAUAAACAAAUAUUUGAAGUACAAAAUAGAUUAAGAAAUUACGAAUGGAAAUUAUUAAAUUUAUCUAUUUUAUUUUUCAAUUCUAAUGAAGAUUUGCGAUUUCGAAUUGGCAAUUGGUAUUUUAUUCGGAAAGAUUUUAUGAAUCAAAAUGAAUUCGAAUAUAAUUCUGAUGAAUUUGAUGUUACUUCUCAACCGCCCAGUACUAUUCAGCCAAAAAAUUCAAUUGAAACUAAUACUGAAAUAACAUCUGAAAUUACAAACGAUUUAGAAGUAACAAAAUCUUUACCGAGUAACUUAUUCACGACUAUUUUAAUACAAGAAAUCGAUGCGCAAACAACGAUACAAACUACUGAGCAAGCGAAUGAACAAUCAAAAAACAAUGAAGCUGAUAACGAUUUUACUCAUAAAGGAUCAGCAGAAGUUCUUAUGGGAUAAUAUAACAUCCGAAAAAAUAAUAAAAUUUUAUGAUUUCUUUAAACUUUACACUUUUAUUAAAAUUUUUAAUUAAGAUAUUUUUAUUUUUAUAUGAAAAUGAACAUUCGUUAUCAGAAUAUGUUUAUAAUCAUAUAAUAUUUUCACAACAAAUACUUAUGGAUAACUAUUGUAUAAAUAAGGUGUGUGUGUAUAUAUAUAUAUAUAAAAAAGAGUAAUGCAUUCAAUUUUUUUCAUCAAAAAGAAUACACUUUUAUUCCGUAAAACUUAUCAUAAUUAUCUGUGAUAAUAAAUUAUUAUAAUAAUUUUUACGUCCAUGUUGAACAAAUUGUGAUCUUCAUGAUGUUUUACUGUAAUAAAAAAUAAAAAAAUAAUAUUAUCAGUAA